CGCACAAACAUUUCUAGUUUGAGUUUGUGUGAUUGUUCAGAGAGCGAUAUGGUACGUAAGAGUGUUGGAACACUUACUGUGUUCAUUUUGCUAGUCAUAGUGAUAGCUGAAUGUCGAAAAAUCAAAGAUGAUGAAUUGCCUGGGGGCUUUGAAGGUGGUGGUUUUGGCGAUGGUGAAGGUUUCGGUGGUGUAGUAGGAAGUGCUGGUGGGGGUUAUGGAGUCGGUGAAGGUGUGCCUGGUGGUGGCAUAGGAGGAGGAGUUGGUGGUGACGGGGCAGAUGGUGGUGUUGGUGGAGGUGGUAAAGGAGGACAUGCAGUUCCAGGCGGUGGAGCUGGAGGAGGUGCUGGAGGCGGCACAGGAAGUGGAUAUGGUGGUGUUGGAGGUGGAGUUGGUAAUGGCGGUGGCGUUGGAGAUGGUACGGGAAGCGGUGUUGGAGGUGGAGUUGAUAAUGGCGGCGGCGUUGGAGGUGGACACAAAGGUGGAGUUAGAGGUGGUGGAACCGGGGGUGGUGCUGGAGGUGGUAAAGGAGGAGGUGUAGGAGGUGGUGCUGAUGGGGGUUUAGGAGGAGGUAGUGGAGCUGGAGGAGGAGCUGGUGGUGUCGGAGGAGGAAGUGGUGGGGUUGGAGGAGGUGUAGGAGGAGGAGAUGGUGGUGCUGGUGGGGGCUCAGGCGGCGGUAAAGAUAGAGGUGUUGAUGGCGGCAUUGGAGGAGGAGGAGGUGCUGGUGGGAGCACAGGAGGUGGUGCUGAUGGAGGCUUAGGUGGUGUAGGAGGAGGAGGUGAUGGUGGUAUUGGAGGAGGAGCUGAUGGUGGCAUUGGAGGAGGAGCUGAUGGUGGUAUUGGAGGAGGAGCUGAUGGCGGCAUUGGAGGAGGAGCUGAUGGCGGCAUUGGAGGAGGAGCUGAUGGUGGCAUUGGAGGAGGAGCUGAUGGUGGCAUUGGAGGAGGAGCUGAAGGUGGUGGUGGUUGGGACUUUGGAGGCAUUGGAGUUGGUAGUGGUCAUGCAGGUAGCGAUGGAGAAAUUGGUGGUGGAUAUUAAUAUACGAUAUCUUAUGCUAUCAAUCAUGCAUGGAUAUGUAGCAUGCAGUGAAUGAUAUAUAGUAGUAUAUUAAUUAAAUAAAUUACUGAAUCUUGUGAAAUGAUGCCCACCCAUAUGUAUGGAUGCAAAUAAAUAUAAAUAUUGCUAUGAAUUAGCGAAAAGAAUUGAGUUUAUAAUUUAAGUUACGCAUA